AUGAGAAUCAACGGAGGCAAGCUUGUCGUCGGCAGCAUGCCUCCCAACCGCAAGGUAAAGUGGACUCUCCUAGAGAAUAAGACUCUCAAGACGGGCGUCCCGGCUUUUGUGCGAGUUGCUGUGAGAAUCAAGAGGAUGGACGAGAAGAUGUUUACUUGUCUCCCGAGGCUUCAGUGCAAGGCAGACCGGUGGAUGUCGUUGCAGUCAUUCUUCGGAGGGGUGCCUGCGGACGGUCCAGUGCUGUUGAAGCCGGACACGAAGCCGACCAACAAACUGAUGGUGUAUAAUCCUGAAGAGCUGGGCAGUGUUGACCUGCAGAAGCUCAGCGAUGUUACGUUUACCACGAUGAUCUUGGAUGCUCAAAAGUAG